AGUUAUUGCACGGCUGCCCCAACCCUCUGCAUGCUUGCCAAUUCAAAACUCUUUCUUCCAAUAUAAAUUCUCAACCCAAUUCUUUAAUUUGUUCAUUCAUCCAAUUAUAUUUCAUAAACCAUUUUCCCAAAUCCCAAAUAAUAAAAUAUGAAGAUUUCCUUAAAAAUAUUCCUACAAGCAACAUUCUUAUGUCUACUCCUAUUAUCCCAAAUUCCUCCUUCCUCAAUUAUCUCCCUCUCCUUACCUCUUCUUCUCAUUUACUUAGUCUACUACUUUUUCUUUAAGCCGUACCCCGUCCUCCUCCUGGACUACUCUUGCUAUAAACCUCCCAACAAUAGAAAAUGUAAUUUCGAACUUUGUGAGUAUUUCGUCAAGAAAACCGGGUCUUUUACGCAUAAGAGUGUAGAGUUUAUGCGUUCCAUCUAUAACAAAUCGGGUUUAGGAGAGGAGACUUACGCGCCUCCGUUUAUUUUUCAAGGUUAUAAUAAAGGCUCCUUAGACUUUGCAUUGUUAGAAGCUAAGGAAGGUAUGUUCACGGCUGUUGAUAAUUUAUUAUCGACAGCCAAUAUGGACCCUAAAGAUAUUCAUAUUGUUAUUGUCACAUGUGGUAGCUUUUCUCCAGAACCUUGUUUUUCCUCCUUAUUAAUUAAUCAUUAUAAAAUGGGUCCCACUGUUAAAGCUUAUAAUCUCAGUGGAAUGGGUUGUGGCAGUGGGAUCCUCUCCAUUGAUAUGGCAGCUCAUAUUUUACGAGGCGCGGGAAGAAAUGUCCAAAACGCCCUUAUUGUUGUUACGGAGAAUAUUAGCCUUAAUUGGUAUUUUGGUGAGGACAGGUCCAUGUUGGUGACUAAUUGCAUUUUCCGAGUUGGUUGUGCGGCAGCGAUCGUCACCAACGACCCCAGUCGCCGCCGGGAUGCCAAGUUUCAACUCGUUCACUCGUUACGGACUCACCAUGGGGCCGAUGAUAGUUCUUACAAGGCUGCAUUUCAAGAAGAGGACAAUAAGGGCAAUUCCGGUGUUUCACUCACCAAGGACUUAAUUAGAGUGGCGGGUCAAAACUUAAAGUCUCAUUUAACUACUCUAGCACCAAGAGUCCUCCCACUGAGUCAACUCGUUCAGUACGUAAAAUCGGUGGCGCUCACCGUGUUGACUCGGGGCGAGUCUAAAGUAAUGGUACCCGAUUUUACGACUGCGUUCGAGCAUAUUUGCAUCCACACAGGCGGAAAGGCAGUGAUUGAACAAGUAGGGAAGGUGUUGAAGUUAGAGGACACGGUCACGGAGCCGGCUCGAAUGACACUCCACCGGUUCGGGAAUACGUCGAGUAGCCUAGUGUUCUACGAGUUGGCUUAUUUUGAGGCCAAGAAAAGGAUUAAAAGAGGGGAUAGAGUAUGGAUGUUGGCAUUUGGGACAGGUUUUAAGGUUGGAAGUUUGGUUUGGAAGGCGUUACAAGAUUCAAAUGAUGAUCGCAAUAAUCCAUGGAGUGAUUGUAUUCAUAGGUACCCACUCAAGUGUUGGUAAUUGGUAAAUGAUAAAUGGUAAUUUACAUUAAGUAAAAAUAUGUCAAUUAAUUUGUUCGUUCAAUCUGACAAUUAAAAAUUUAUUGUCAGAGGGUUUUAAUAGUGAAAGUUUUACAUAGGUGGUAGGUUGUGUAACAAGCAAAAUAUAUUGAUUCAAAAAAUGUACCAUUAAAUUAUUAUGUGAAAAUUUCUUUUGUUUCUGUAAA